AUGCUAACACAAACUGCAAAGAAAUUGUUGAAUCAACAGAAUCCUUCACCGGUGGCGCAACUAAACAAUCAUGUCAUUAGCGAAACAGAAACUAAAACACCCACUAACACAGAUACCCAAAAACAGACCACCACUCAAAGACAACAACAGACGCACGCACAACAUCUACAACAAACCCAGACUCAGACUCAGACCCACACCCACACCCAUCACCAACAUCAACACCAACAGCAACAACAGACCUCCUCAAAGUCCACUAAACAAAAGGCGAUGCAACUCUUGACAUCCGCUGACAUUCAAGAUGGCAAAACCGAAUACGAUCCCGAGACCAAGGCGACCACUGUCUAUAAGGUUAUCGAGGGUGGUUAUGAAAUGAGAACAAGCACACCACAACCCAAUGGUACCAUAAAGACUCAAGUAAGAACCUUCUGGGAUCCUAAACCAGUUAGUGAAGAAGAUAUGCGUAAAGAAGCUGCUAACAAGAAGCUGAUUAGACAACGUUUCGGCAAAGAGGUACGUAUUGACAAGAACACCACUAUGUUAACACGUGAGAUCGAAGGUGGUUAUGAAGAAGUUUACACUACCAUUAAUGAAGAUGGUACCAGGAGUAUGCGCACAAAAACUUUCUUUGAUUCUGUACCAACUGAAAUACCUGAUCAAGCACCACCCUCCAGCAAGAAGAAUGUGCAAGAUAACAAAAAGAAAACUAUUACCAGAAAAUCUUCAGUUGAAUCGACCGAUUCCACUGAUUCACGUAAAAUUGUGCAAAAGAAAAAUCAAUCGAACUAUCAAGAGAACACCACUGUUGAAGAGUCACGACGAGUUACUCAAAAUAUUGAAAUUACUGAAAAUAAUCGUACUGUACGCAAAAAUUCAUUACAAGAACAAAACGUUAAGUCUAUUACACAAAAUACUAACGUUACCGAUGGCAAGAAGAAGAAGAAGUCUAAGUCUAAUAUCCCACCACCACCACCAGAUUUUAUUGAAAAUGACACCACCACUGUAGAUUCUAAACGUGUACCCGGUGGCGUUGAAUACACUUACUCAACUCAAUUAGAAUCUGGUAAAACCAUCACCACCAGCAAAACUAUUUAUGAAGAAGAAGAAGUUGAAUUAACUGAAGAGGAAAUUAGAGAAUACAAGAAAACUCUUAAGGAUGCUGAAAAGCAUAAAAAUGUUACCACCACUAAGAAACUUAGAUCCGAAUCAGGCACCAAGAAGGUUGUACCAUCUGAAAAUCCUGGCGAUGUAACUACUGUUGAAACCAUCAAAAUUGAAGGUGGCACUGAAUAUCAUUAUACCACCGUCACUGCCGAAGGUAUUGUCAAGAAGGCAACUAAAACUAUCUACGAUCCUGUACCAAGCAGCAAGAACGAUGAUGAAACUGAUGAAGAAGAAAUUGUUGAAGAAUACGAAGAAGAAAUUAUUGAACCAGGCGAGAAAAAUAUUAGAACUAUUGAAACUAUCAAACAGCUACCCAAGAAGUUCGAAGAGGAAGUAACUAUUACCCAUGAGAAGAAGGAGAAGAAGGUAAAGAAGUCUAUGGUCAUCAGCCACUAA